UUAAAAAUGCAUAUGAGAAAUCAUACUGGAGAAAAACCUCACUCUUGUAGGAUAUGUGGAAAAUGUUUUGCACGAUCCAUCAAUCUGAAUGUUCAUAAACGAAGUCAUACAGGAAAGAAACUAAGGCCAUUCUCCUGUGAAAUAUGUGGGAAAUGUUUUUCAAAGUCUGAUGAUUUGAAACGUCAUAUGCAAAUUCACGCAAAACCAUAUACUUGUAAAGUAUGUGAAAAAUGUUUUAAACAAUCAAGUAUGUUGAACAUACAUAUGCGAACCCAUUCAGGUGAUAAGCCUUAUCCCUGUGAGAUAUGCGGCAAAAGUUUUUCACAAUCAAGUAAUUUGUACACACACAUGCGAAUUCAUUCAAAUGAUAAGCCUUAUUCUUGUGAAUUAUGUGACAAAUGUUUUUCACGAUCAAAUGAUGUGAACAGACACAUGCGAAUCCAUACAGUUGAUAAGCCAUACUCAUGUAAGAUAUGUGGCAAAUGUUUUUCACAAUCAAGAUAUUUGAAAACGCACAUGCGAAUCCAUGCAGAUGACAAGCAAUUCAAGACAAUGAUAAGCUCAUGUGAGAUAUGUGGAAAAUGUUUUUCACGACCUUGGAACUUGAAGAGACAUAUGGAAAUUCAUAAUAAGAAGAACAUUAUGGCUGUGAAACAUGUGGAGAGCGAAAAAGAUGUAAAAAAGUCGAUGUGUGAUAUGAAAAGUCAGAAAAUGGGUGCCGAGUGAAAUGGAGUGGUGUGUGACAUGACAAGACAUGAAUAAAUUCUAGAAUCUAGGUCUAAAGUAUGUAAACGUUUAUAGAAGUAGGUAUUCUCGACGACAUGCACGAUUCACGUUUGAGAAGAGCCAGGCUUGUCCUUGCAUGAUGCAAGUUUGAUAUGUGUGAAUGUAUAUUUAUUUGUCACUUUUCUUGGCCAUAUAAACCAAAUAAUACAUUUUGGCAAUUGUGUCUUUAGUUUCCCAUUGUGUA